GCGCACGGCUCUGAUGGAAGCAUCAAGAGAAGGGGUACUGGAAAUAGUUCGAGGCAUAUUGGAAAGAGGAGGUGAAGUGAAUGCAUUUGACAAUGAUAGGCACCACGCUGCGCAUUUUGCUGCCAAAGGAGGCUUUUUUGAUAUAUUGAAGCUUCUCUUUGCCUACAAUGGAGACAUGGGGCUGAUUGGAAUGGACGGGAACACACCACUUCAUUAUGCGGCCAUGGGUGGCUUUGCAGACUGCUGUAAAUACAUAGCCCAGCGAGGAUGUGACCUAAAAUGGAAAAAUUUGGAACAUAAAACACCCCGGGCUGUGGCAAAAGAUGGAGGCUUCAAAGCUGCAGGCAAGGAGAUACGCAGAGCAGAGAGGACUGCAGCUAAACUCGCGAAGCCUGGAGUCAAAAAUCCUAACCCACUAUGGGCCCUCAGGCUGCACGACUGGUCUGCAGAGCACGAGGCUUUCCUUCGGGAAGCCUUUUCCUUAGUGGACAGGGGCGAUGGCGUAGUCAGCAAAGAGGACUUCGUGACGACCCUGGAGGAGAGGCAAGACUUUGUCACCUCUGAGCAGCUGCUUUCCAUUGCUCAAAUGCACGAAAAAAGCCGGGGAGGCGGGGUCAACCUUAACGAGUUCUUUAAGGGAACCAAAUACUUAAGUAAGUCUUACGUCUUGGGAUCAUUCGGGCCUAAGAAAAAGAGAAAGGGUUUGGGCAAAAAGCCAAAGAAAGGCAAGUUUGUUCUGCCUCUCCCCAUCUGCACCAUUCCGGAGAACGCCUUUCCGCGGCGGAUAGACGGGGGCCCGCCCUACUACAUGAUCGAGACUUACCAGAACGUCACUGACUGCAGCAGGUUCAACCGGGACCACCCUCCUGAGCACCCCAUCCAGGACGAUUCCGAGUGGUACAUCGAUGAUCCCGGGAAGGUCUUCGCAAAUAUUAAUUUUAUCACCAAGGCAGGAGACCUGGCCUCUCUGAAAAAGGCUUUCGAGGCAGGAAUACCUGUGGAUAUGAAGGAUAGUUCUUACAAGACGCCACUCAUGACAGCGUGUGCCAGUGGCAACAUGGAUGUGGUCAAGUUUCUUCUUGAAAGGGGGGCGAAUGUUAAUGCAACAGAUAAUUUUCUGUGGACUCCACUUCAUUUCGCAUGCCAUGCUGGCCAGCAAGACAUUGUUGAACUACUUGUUAAAUCUGGGGCUACAAUAGAUGCCAUGUCAAUCAACAACUCCACUCCUUUAUGUAGAGCCAUCGAAAGCUGUAGACUAGACACUGUAAAAUACCUGCUUGAUAUUGGCGCUAAGUUCCAGAUUGAAAAUAGAAAAGGUCAUGCUGCCAUGGAUGUUGCAAAGGCAUACGCUGAUUAUAGAAUAAUUGAUAUGAUAAAAGAAAAAAUAGAUAACCUACCUAAACCAACAGAUAAUCAAAAACUGAAAGGCAAGCUUCCUAAACUGAAGACCGAAGGCACGGACAUCAAGAAAGAGGAGGAAACAUUGUCAUCAAUUUAUGCUGUACCAACAAUAACAGAGGAAAAGAAGUUACACAAGGAUAAUGUGGUCUACCUCAAUUCACUGAUUACCAGUGGUUACACGAAGAAGGUCGAUAUCACAUUUAUCCCACAUAGGAUUUGGAGUCCUGAAGCCACCACAGCAGAGCUGAUCAGAAAGAGGGAACUGCGAAGGGAGAGAUUCACAUAUGAGGUGGACUUCGAAGACUUCAUGAUGCCUUUCCAAAAGAACAUCAAGGAGAAAGCUCAAGCACUGGAGGCAUCCUUGAAGCUCUAAGUCACAGCAGUUGCCUCCUGGGGUUAGUGCUUUGUGGCCCAGAGUCCACAGUUUGGAGAAAGUCAGACUUUGAAGAGGAACUGGUACACAAGGCUGAUUCCCUUAGAUUCUAGUCGCUAACCCAAUGAUUUGAAAUACUCCUCUGUUUCCCGAAAACUGGGAUGAUAUUAUGGUCUUUGUUCCUGAGGCUUUGGUAUCAUGCUCUCACCUAAGGGAAUGGGAAGUGAAAAAUACAACUUUCCUCAUAGGCAUUAGUGAAAUCAACAAUAAAACAAGCAAUACAAAAA